CCGGCCUGUCAGUGGCAGUCAGAUGGAAACGUAGGCAAUAAAUUUGGUGAGGUCAUGUAUUUUUAAGCCGCGCAGCCGAAUAAAUGAUCAUUCAGCGGCGGCAUAAACAAAUAGCCCGCAGCCCCGGAACGUUUCACCGCUGAACGAGCAGCCGGGGGAUCGAUAGUUUGAUGAUUUGAUGACAGAGAGGACAUUUUUGGAUGCACAGAAGGCAGUAAUCAAAGAUUUCACCAUGAAUAAAAACAAGAGAGAAAAGGAGUUCUACAGCGUCGAUGUGGGGGACUCAACAUUCACCGUGCUGAAGCGAUACCAGAAUUUAAGACCCAUUGGAUCAGGAGCACAGGGUAUCGUCUGCUCUGCUUAUGACCAAAUCCUUGAAAGAAAUGUUGCCAUCAAGAAGCUGAGCCGGCCGUUUCAAAAUCAGACCCAUGCCAAGAGGGCGUACAGAGAGCUAGUCCUAAUGAAAUGUGUCAAUCACAAAAAUAUCAUUGGUCUGUUAAAUGUAUUUACACCACAAAAAUCAUUAGAAGAAUUCCAAGAUGUAUACUUGGUGAUGGAGCUGAUGGAUGCCAACCUGUGCCAGGUCAUACAGAUGGAGCUAGACCACGAGAGGCUCUCCUAUCUGCUCUAUCAGAUGUUGUGCGGUAUAAAACACCUCCAUGCUGCGGGCAUCAUUCACAGGGACCUCAAGCCCAGUAAUAUUGUCGUCAAGUCAGAUUGCACACUAAAGAUUUUAGACUUCGGCUUGGCUCGGACAGCUGCGACGGGCCUCCUGAUGACACCAUAUGUAGUUACACGGUACUACAGAGCACCAGAGGUUAUCCUGGGCAUGGGCUACCAAGCCAAUGUGGAUGUAUGGUCAGUGGGAUGCAUUGUGGCUGAGAUGAUCAGGGGAAGUGUGUUGUUCCCUGGCACUGAUCACAUCGACCAGUGGAACAAGGUAAUUGAGCAGCUAGGCACGCCAUCUCAGGACUUUCUAAUGAAGCUGAACCACUCAGUAAGAACGUACGUAGAAAACAGGCCCCGCUAUGCUGGAUACAGCUUUGAGAAACUCUUCCCAGAUGUUCUCUUCCCUGCCGACUCUGAUCACAACAAACUGAAAGCAAGCCAAGCUAGAGAUCUCUUAUCCAAGAUGUUAGUAAUCGACGCCUCCAAGCGUAUUUCGGUAGACGAGGCCCUGCAGCACCCCUAUAUUAACGUUUGGUAUGAUCCAGCUGAAGUGGAAGCGCCCCCACCAAAAAUCCCAGACAAACAGCUGGAUGAAAGGGAGCACACCGUGGAAGAGUGGAAAGAGCUGAUUUAUAAGGAAGUGAGUGAAUGGGAAGAAUGGACAAGGAACGGAGUAAUAAGAGGCCAGCCGUCUCCUUUAGGUGCAGCAGUGAUCGACAGCCCUCCUCAGCCCACAUCUUCCUCUUCCUCUUCGGCCAAUGACGUCUCGUCCAUGUCCACAGAGCCCACUGACCCAAGCAGUGACCCCACCAUGACCUCGGAAACAGACAGCAGCUUAGACGGUCACACCUCUUUGGGUGCGCUGGCCUGCUGCAGAUAACGUUACACACGCAGUGCACAUACACGCGAACAACGCGAAAAUGUCCUUUCUCAUCAGCGUGUGUGAUGGGAGAGGGUUUCAUGUUAGUUUGUAGAGCCGUGCUUUUUAAUGUACAGAUUGUCUCUCCCCCCCCCAGUAUAAAGCUGUAAAUGACUGUGGUUUGCAAUUGUAUCAUUAUUACUGUAUUUUUGCUGCAGAGAGUUUUGAUGUGAAACUGUGAUGUAUGUUAUGAAAGAGACGGAUCUGAUUUUUUUUCUUUUUUUAGCUAGUACUACAAAUUCAGAUGCCAUACCGUUAGCACUACAAUUAUGUUGAGUAUAUUUUUGUAUAGUUUUUUGUUUUU